AAUAUCGCUGCUGCUGCUGCUGCUCUGUUCAUGUUCCCUUCUUGACUCUUCCAUCACCGCCCCGCUCCGCUCCGCUCUCCGCCGACAGCAAGUCGCGAUGGCGUCGAGACAAGCCAUCAACGACCUGCCGGCCAGUCAGCAGCCCGGCCACUCGCAGGCCGAAGACGAAUUCGAGUUCAUCCACACCCCCAAAGCUCCCACACCCGUCCCUGAAGCUCAGAAUUACGGUGUCCGCACUACUGCUUAUCCCGCCAUCAAAAAUGCUCCUCUGCCUGCUGAUGGACCCGGCAGCGAGACGUUCAACAAUGCCUUCCUCUUCACCCUGCUCGCCGGGAUUCCCGCCUACUUUGCCUAUCAAGUGAACGGCGGUCUGAUCACUUGGGUCUUCUUCGCCAUCCUAACCGCUAUCCCCAUCCUCAUGGCCUUCUGGACGAUCGCCUCCGCCAUGUCGCCGCGUCUCAACGAAAAGGCCAAGCUGCCUGGCGCUCCGAUCGAGCAAUACCUCACAUUCAAGAGCCAAGAGGAUAAGAGAAAGUAUCGUGGCAAGAACAAAAUUCCCAUGGAGACGUUCCAUGAGAUGUACUUUGACGAAAAGGUAGACUUCAAUGGCGAUUGUCUGGAGAUCAUGGAAUACAGACACGACUGGGCCAACUUCCGCUUCACCUUGAGCCUGUUCUGGUUCUUCUUGACUGGCAUGAUGCCCGAGGUGAUCAUGCACACUCGUUCGCAGGACGAGGAGCAAGUCCGAGACCACUACGAUCGUGGCGAUGACUUCUACGGCUGGUUCCUGGGUCCGCGCAUGAUCUACACUUCUGGCAUCAUUUCCGACAUCAACAAGGAGGAGAGCCUUGAACAGCUGCAAGAUAACAAGCUUGGUCUCGUGUGCGAGAAGAUCGGACUCAAGCAGGGCGAGAAGAUGCUCGAUAUUGGCUGUGGCUGGGGUACUCUCGCCAAAUUUGCAUCUGCAAACUACGGCGCCAACGUCACUGGUAUCACUCUUGGUCGUAACCAGACAGCAUGGGGCAACAAUGGUAUGCGCAAGCUCGGCAUCCCCGAAGAGCAAUCCCGCAUCCUCUGCAUGGACUAUCGUGACAUCCCUGUCCCAGAAGGCGGCUACGACAAGAUCACUUGCCUUGAGAUGGCUGAGCACGUCGGUGUCCGCUACUUUGGCAGUUUCCUUUCCCAAGUCUACAACAUGCUGGACGACGAUGGUGUAUUUUUCCUGCAGAUUGCUGGCCUUCGCAAGGCCUGGCAAUACGAGGAUCUUAUCUGGGGUUUGUUCAUGAACAAGUACAUCUUUCCUGGCGCUGACGCUUCCACUCCUCUCGGCUUUGUCGUCGAUAAGCUCGAGGGUGCUGGAUUCGAAGUCAAGGGCAUUGACACGGUCGGUGUGCACUACUCUGCCACGCUCUGGAGAUGGUACAGAAACUGGAUUGGCAACAAAGAUAAGGUUGUCGGCAAGUAUGGUGUGCGAUGGUACAGAAUUUGGGAGUACUUUCUCGCAUACAGCACCAUCAUCUCACGACAAGGUUCUGCCACCUGCUUCCAGAUCACUCUGGUCAAGAAUAUCAACUCAACUCAUCGCAUCGAAGGUAUACCGAACGCCUUCGGACUUCACGGUGCUAUCAAUGCUUGCAAGGAGGCUGGUAAAUCAACUUUCCCGAGCAAGUAGGAAUUCUCGGCAGACUCGAUCCCAGGCGGACUCAUCAGCAUCAGCAGAGCUACCCGCACUGCUCAAGCAGCUUAGCUCGCUCGACUUUGGUCAUGCUGCAGAAUUACCAACGGGCUGUAGCUGACGCUAUUAGAGCAGUCCCAUUUGCGAGCAGAGCGGUAUGGAACUGCCAUAUCGCAUACUCAAGGUGUACAAGUAGUACAUAGAUAUGCGUCUAGCAGCAAGCGGCUGGAGCGAUGCAUUCAAAAGCGAUGUAUCAUG